UUUUAUACUAGACGAGGCCCUUUACAAAGAGCCAAGAAUAUAUACCUGACUCCUUGGGUACCUGAUCCAUCUCAUCGCUUAAAUGAAGUCCCUUCUAUUCCGUCUGAGAUCACUCCAUCCGAAUCGAGCUGCCGUGUUCUAUGCCGGGCUUUGGAUGUCACUCAAUGUCGUAGUGACGUUAUACAACAAGCAUGUUCUGACAACAUUCAACUUCCCAAUCAUCCUCACGACAUGGCACCUGGUAGUCACCUCGCUAGGUGUCAAGCUCUUGGCUAUGACAACGUCAUUAGGGGAUGAUCUAGCAGAAUGCACUAGCAUGCGCGAUCACUUCCCGUCCAUUUUACUGGUCGGACUGGCAUUUUCCUUGAAUCUUAUCUUGAACAAUGCAGCAUUCACAUAUCUAAGCGUCGCAUUUAUUCAAAUGUUCAAGACAAUAAGCCCUGUCGUUGUUUUUCUCGCCGGUUGUCUCACUGGCCUCUACUACAUGCACGCCCGCGUGUCUCUAGUCGUCUGUACAAUCUGCAUUGGAGUCACUCUCUCCUCCUACACGGAAUCUAACCCGAACCUAAUCGGGAUCAUCAUGCUCUGCGGCGCUAUGGCCUUCGAGGCUGUUCGCCUGCUCCUCGUUGAGAUCCUUCUCUCAUCACGCAAACAAAGCCUCACCCCCUUCCUUUCUCUAUACUACUUCAGCCCAGUCUGCGCAGCUUUUUGUUGUAUCUUCGCUGUCCUCUGUGAGAUCCAUCGAUUUUCGCUCACCGCAAUCGUAACCACAGGAUUUUGGACCUUGCUCGGAAGCGCAAUUACUGGCUUCGUGUUGAACGUCUCCGCUGUCUUACUGAUUAGCCAGAGCUCGGCGCUGACCUUAUCCAUAUGCGGUGUCCCCAAAGCGAUGGUGACCGUUUUUGCAUCUACGGUGCUUCUACACGAGGUUGUUACUCCGAUGCAGGUGGGCGGGUUUGGAAUCGCCAGUCUAGGUCUAUUGGCCUAUGGUUUCUGUGAUAUUAAGAAGAAACGGGGUGAUGUGGAUGGGUAUACGGAGUUGAUUAGAGAAAAGAGCAUAGAAGAUAGUAUAAUGGAACACAGUACAUAA